AUGCGUGGCCCCUGUUACACGGACUGCGUGGAGCGGCCCCUGUCCCGCGCGCUGCGGAGCCUGGGGGGCUUGGUGGGCGCCCACCCGUGGCCCUUCCUGCUGCUGCCCCUGCUGCUCUCGGCCGCGCUGGGGGUCGGCUUCACGCUGCUGCCCAUCCGCCAGUCGAACGACAUCGAGACGCAGUUCACGCCCCGCGAGGGACCAGCCAAGGCCGAGCGGCGCCUGGUGCGGGAGCGCUUCCAGACGCACGACGCCGAGCGCUUCUCCGCGCAGAGGCUGACCACCGAGGGCACCUUCGCCUCCUUCGUGGCGGUGGCCAGGCUCAGCCACACGCUCCUCACCCGGGAGGCCUUCGCCGAGCUGCUGGCGCUGGACGCGGCCGUGCGAGGGCUCCGAGGCGGCGGAUACGACUACGCCCAGACUGAAAAUGACCCAGAAACCUCUUUCUUUCUUUUUCUUUAUUAUUCCUUGCAGGUGGCCUAUUUUUCCUCAUUAUCCAGACAGGAAGAAUUAGAAAAAAACAGUAAAGAAGUGGUCCCUUUUUUUAUCAUCACAUAUUUUUUAACAAUAUGCUUUUCAAUUUUUUCAUGUUUAAGGCUCGACUGUGUACGAACAAAAGUAUGGGUUGCAGCAUUUGGAGUGCUGUCAUCAGUUUUAGCUGUUAUCAGUAGUUUUGGAUUAUUGCUCUUUUGUGGGGUACCUUUUGUUAUCACAGCCGCAAGUGGACCAUUUCUUACACUUGGGGUUGGUGUUGAUGACAUGUUCAUCAUGGUGUCCUGCUGGCAACGGACAAAAGUCAAGCACAGAGUGAAGGACCGGAUGGCCAACACCUAUGCAGAUGCGGCUGUGUCCAUUACCAUCACAACUCUCACUGACGUUUUAGCCUUCUACAUCGGCAUUGCGACAUCCUUCCCAUCGAUUCAGUCAUUUUGCAUCUACACAGGAACGGCCUUCGUCUUCUGCUACAUUUACAACCUGACAUUCUUGGGGGCAGUCCUUGCUCUGAACGGUAGAAGAGAAGAAAGCAACAGACACUGGCUCACGUUCAUGAAAGUGACGGAUGAAGCUCAGCAUAGCUUUUUGUACAACUUGUGCUGUGUGGGAGGAUUUUAUGAUACAGCCACUGGAAGAGAGCUUGAGCAUCCCAUGAAUGAGUUUUUCAAAAAACAUUUUGGCCCUUUUCUUAUGCAUAACGGGACCAAAGUGGCUGUAGUAGCCCUAUAUCUCACAUACAUAUGUGGUAGUAUUUAUGGGUGCACCCAUGUUAAGGAAGGUAUAGAUCUUCGAAAUCUGGUCCAAGACCAUUCUUAUGUCGUCCGGUAUUAUGAUUUUGAAGAAGAGUAUUUUAAAGAGUACGGUCCAAGAGUCAUGGCUGUUGUCACUGGAAGCAUACCAUAUUGGAAUUCAACGAUUCGUGCAGAUCUUGAGCACUGUAUACAGGCGCUAGAAAAUUCAACCUAUGUGGACAAGAAAUUAUCCGAGUCAUGGCUGAGGAUGUAUGAAGUGGCUGCUAACAGAAUGUCUCUAAAUAUAGGUGACCGUAAUUCUUUCAUUGGCAAUUUAUCUAUCGUGUUCAGAGAAAACCCGCAGUCUCGGUGGGAUGUUAAUUUUACUGAUCUGGAAAUAUCAGCUUCACGUUUUUUCAUACAGACCAUCAAUAUUACUACUUCGGUGGAUGAGCGGAAUCUUUUAAAUCAGCUGAGAGCCUGUGCAGCAGACUGUGAUUUACCACUAAUAGUGUAUCAUCCAGCUUUCAUAUUCUAUGAUCAUUUGAUUUUAAUAGCACAGAACACCAUUCAAAAUGUUAUGAUUGCUACUGGAGCCAUGCUACUUAUUUCCUUGCUGCUGAUUCCCAAUCCUUUGUGCUCGGUGUGGGUAACCUUUGCUAUUGCGUCUGUUAUUAUUGGUGUGACUGGCUUCAUGGCCUUUUGGAAUGUCAAUCUUGACUCUAUAUCCAUGAUCAACCUUAUCAUGUGCAUAGGGUUUUCAGUGGACUGCUCUGCUCAUAUUUCUUAUGCCUUUGUUAGCAGCAAGAAAGCCAGCCUGAAUGACAAGGCAGUGGAUGCUCUAUACCGCCUUGGUUACCCCAUGGUCCAGGGAGCUGUUUCCACCAUUGUGGGGGUAUUGGUGCUCUCCAUGACAAACACCUACAUUUUCAGAGCAUUUUUUAAGAUUAUAUUUCUGGUUAUUUCGUUUGGAACCUCUCAUGGUCUCUUUUUCAUUCCUGUAUUUUUAACCUUCUUUGGCUUUUGUGGGAGAUUGUCAACCACGCAGCACCAAAUUGACUGCCAGUUCAGUGAAAAUUCAGCCAGCAUUGAACACAGCAUUGCAAAACUGCCUGUUGUAAACACCUAG